AUGAUUUCGCAGCUCGGGGAGCGGGCGCGGAUUGUUGUCGAUUUUUUCGUCAUCCUCGACGCCGUCAUUAUGAAAUGGGUGGAGACGUUAAUGUGGUUCGCCCCGCUCGGGAUUACGUGUCUAAUUUGUGGAAACCUGCUCGAGCUUGAUGAUCUGAGCGACACGGCGGCAGUACUGAUGAUGUAUGUGGCGACGGUGAUGGCUGGCUUCAUCCUGCACACGGUCGUCAUCAUGCCCACCCUCUACUUCUUGGUCACAAGAAAGAACCCGUUGGCCAUUGUGCGGGGCAUGCUGCAGGCCAUCGUCACCGCCUUCGGCACGGCUAGCGGGGGCGCCACGCUGCCGAUGUCGAUGCAGUGUCUCGAGGACAAUUGCGGAAUCGACCGAUGGAAAUGCCCUGUACGAAGCGGUGGCCGUCAUCUUCAUCGCGCAGCUCAACAACAAGGAGCUAGUUUUGCCGAGGUGAUCACGGUCAGUAUCACGGCCACCGUAGCGUCGAUCGGUUUGGGUUCGGUGCCGGCCGGGCUCGUCUCCAUUCUCCUCAUCUUGAACACGGUCGGGCUGCCGGCCAAGGACGUAUCACUGCUCAUUACGGUGGAUUGGCUGCUGGAUCGUGUCCGGACUGCUGUCAACGUAAUUGGAGAUGGAUUUGCGUCGGGUGUUGUGGCGCACUUGCUACGGACGCGACUCGAAAAAUCGGACAAUCGCAACGAGUUUCGCGCCGGCAUCAAGGAGGAGAUUGAGCUCCUCAAGUCCGCCGCGCAAAGCCAGCAGCCAAGCCGGCGCUCGAGCGCAUGGAGCGAAUUUUCCGGCAAUGCGUACUUCCCGGCCAAGUCGUCGUUCUCGGGGUUGCCGUCAAGGGUCGUCUCCAGAAGGCCGUCAACGAUCGAACAGCUGAGGUGGAGAAGUCCGUUGCUCUACCCGCCACUUCGCAAUGAAAUGAUC